AUGGCCGACGCCGAGGUGUCCUUGUCCCCGGCUCUGCUGCCGCUCCACCAUAGCCCCUCCCACGCCGCCGCGCCCCCCCCACCUGCCUCCUCCUCCCCCACCACCUUCUCCUGCCCCUCCUCCCCCUCCAGUGCCUCCUCUUCCUCCUCCUCUUCAUCAUCUUCCUCUUGUUCUGAGAGCUCCUCUGACUGCCCCGUCCACCACCAUCAUCAUCAUCAUCAUCACCACCAUCAUCACCCCCGCCCCCAGCGGCAGCAGCCCCCCCCCCCCCACAGCGAGCAGCCGUCCUCCCCCAGCGCCAGCCCCCGCAGCUCCAGCCCCAGCGGCAGCAUCGGCAGCACCGGCAGCCUCGGCAGCAGCGAGGGCAUCGGCAGCAGCGGCACGUCGUGCGGCGGCGACCCGCGAGGCCCCAGCCCCCUGCUGGACGUCAUCUCUGAGGACGCCAUGGAGAUGGACCUGGGCGUCGACCAAGUGAUCGACCCAGAAGUCGCUCUGAAGGCCUGCCAGGAAGUUCUUCUUAAGGUCAAGCUGCAGAACAGGGAAGUGCCUGAACAACAACAAGUUGACAACCAACAACAACAACAACAACAACUGCAACAGCUACAACACUACCCAGACGUAACGGAGUCCUCCAGUCCAGCGUGGAUCAGCCCGGACACCAGCUCCAUCAAAGAAGAAGAUGAGGAUGAGGAGGAGGGGAGUUCUGGGAAGGAUGAAGAAAAACAAGGCGGUACUUCCCAGCGUGAUCCGCCUCCCUCAGCCCGGCCGGAGCCUUCUUCGCUGCUGUCGGCGUCAUCAUCGUCAUCAUCUAAACAGUCGUGGCUGCUGCGCCUGUUCGAGUCCAAGCUGUUUGACGUUUCCAUGGCGAUCUCCUACCUGUACAAGUCCAAGGAGCCGGGGGUGCAGGCGUACAUCGGGAACCGCCUCUUCAGCUUCCCCGACAGCGAGGUGGACUUCUACCUGCCGCAGCUGCUCAACAUGUACGUGCACAUGGACACGGAGGUGGGGGACGCCAUCAGACCAUACCUGAUCCACCGGUGUAGAGGCGGUAUAACCUUCUCUCUGCUGACGGCGUGGCUGUUGGGCGCGUACUCCUCCGACAUGCACAUCUCCACCCAGCGUCACUCCAGAGGAAGCAAACUCCGAAAACUCAUCCUGUCCGACGAACUCAAACCUUCCGUUCCUCCGUCGGACGCUCACAAAGCAGUUUCUGUUUCCGACAGCCCCGUGUCCUCGCCGUCCCACCGCCGCUGCCAUCGGAGGCACAACAGCAGCAACAUGGAGUCCGCCCCCUCCUUUUCCACGCCCGCCCCGGACAGCCCCGUACCGGGGGAGGCCGAGGUGUUUGUUUCCCCGUCCAGGAGGACCCACCAGAGAUCCAAGUCAGAUGCCACCACGGCAAGCAGCGGCCCCGGCUCCGGCCUCCGGCGGACAGGAAGUAACCCCAAAGUGGAAGCUCUCCAUGAGGAGCCGGAUCGUCUGCGUCCUCAGAGGGAGCUGGUGAAGUCUCUGCUCUGCAUCGGGAAGCGUUUGGCGACGCUGCCCACCAAAGAGCAGAAGACCCAGCGGCUGAUCUCGGAGCUGUCGCUGCUCAACCACAAGCUGCCGGCCCGAGUGUGGCUGCCCACCGCCGAGCACCAGCACCACGUCUGCAGGAUCCCACACACUCAGGCUGUGGUGCUCAACUCCAAAGACAAGGCUCCGUACAUCAUCUACGUGGAGGUUUUGGAGUGCGAGAGCUUCGAGACUUCUCCGGUUCCCGUUCGGAUCCCGGAGACGAGGAUCCGCACGGCUCGCUCCGCGGAGAACCUGGACUGUGGCGGCGGCGUCACCGCGGCUAAUGCUAACGGCGGCAGCGGGAUGACAUCGGAGCACAGAGCAGGAAGUUUCUCCACCGUCCCGAACUACGACAACGACGACGAGGCGUGGGCCACCGACGACAUCGGACAGCUGCAGGUGGAGGUGGAGACUCAGACCAGCAGCUCCGACAACAUCAGUCAGUUUUCAGUUGACAGCAUCACAAGUCUGGAGAGCAAAGAGCCGGUUUUCAUCGCGGCCGGAGACAUCAGACGUCGUCUGUCGGAGAACCUCGCUCACACUCCGACCUCGUUCAGGAGAGACCCAGAGGACCCGUCAGCCGUCGCUCUCAAAGAACCCUGGGAGGAGAAAGUCAGGAGGAUCAGAGAAGGCUCGCCGUACGGUCACCUGCUGAACUGGCGGCUGCUGUCGGUCAUCGUGAAGUGUGGAGACGACCUGAGACAGGAGCUGCUGGCCUAUCAGGUCCUCCGACAGCUGCAGUCGAUCUGGCAGCAGGAGAGAGUUCCUCUGUGGAUUAAACCGUAUAAGAUCCUGGUGAUGUCAUCAGACACCGGGAUGAUCGAGCCCGUCCUGAACGCCGUCUCUCUGCACCAGGUGCGUAAACAGAGUCAGCUGUCGCUGCUCGACUACUUCCUGCAGGAACACGGCAGCUUCACCACCGAAGCUUUCCUCACCGCUCAGAGGAACUUCGUCCAGAGCUGCGCCGGAUACAGCCUCAUCUGUUACCUGCUGCAGGUCAAAGACAGACAUAACGGGAACAUCCUGCUGGACUCUGAAGGUCACAUCAUCCACAUCGACUUCGGCUUCAUCCUCUCCAGCUCUCCUCGUAACCUCGGCUUCGAAACGUCGGCCUUCAAACUCACAUCAGAGUUUGUCGAUGUGAUGGGCGGUCUGGACGGAGACAUGUUUAUCUACUAUAAGAUGUUGAUGCUUCAGGGUCUCAUCGCUGCCAGGAAACACAUGGAGAAGGUUCUGCAGAUAGUGGAGAUCAUGCAACAAGGUUCCCACCUCGCCUGCUUCCACGGCUCCAGCACCAUCCGCGGUCUGAAGGAGCGUUUCCACAUGUCUCUGACGGAGGAGCAGCUGCAGCUGUUGGUGGAGCAGCUGGUGGACGGAUCCAUGCGCUCCAUCACCACCAAACUCUACGACUCCUUCCAGUACGUCACCAACGGCAUCAUGUGACCACCGACGCCGAUGUUUGAACGUUAACCAGCUGCUUUUGUUUGGAUCCGGCAGACGUCUUCGUAUCUUCGCAGGAGUCGGAGGAUUUAAAUUUCGUUCAACCGUGGCGCUGAUGUGAUUUACUGGAUUCUCUCGUCAACCUCCGUUCUGUUUUCUUAACGAAGUUUCUAAGUUUUGAAUGUGAUCGGUGCGCCGAUCAGCUGAUUAGAUUUUACGUGAUCUCUGAUUUGUCCUGCUACAUUCAUGGGCAGCUGGGAAAGUUCAGCGUUUUACAUCCUCUGAAAAAUCCCACCUGGAAGAGAAACACAGAAUGAAGAAACACAGGCUGGAAGCUUCAGAAUCUGGUUCAUCCUGAGACACAUUUAAUUAAAUAACUAUCAGACUUCUAUUAUUGGAUUCUACUGGAUUCUACUCUGAACCAGAGCACGUUCGAGCUCAGCUGUUCUUCAAGCUUUUUGUUGAAGGACAGAAGUUAUAAUUUGAUGUCCAUAAAUGAAUCGAGUCAUUUAUGGAGUUAAACUUUGCAGGGAACAGUUUCACAUCUGUGAAACUUAAUUUGGAUUUUCAGCUGCUGAUCAGACGAAAACACUUGAAGAUGUGACAAUUAUUUAUCAUUAUUUUGACAUUUUAUAGACCAAAAGCUUCAUCAGUUAACUGAACAAUAGAAUAUAGAGCUUCUUCCUCAUAUUCGAUCGGCAGUUUCAGUCUUUAAAUUUUUAGUAAAUUAUUUUUUUAUAGUAAUUUUAAAGGUGAAAGCUCCGUCACUUGAUCUGGCCACGCAGAAAUAUUGACAAAUAUUAUUUUGAUUUUAAUAAGCUCCAGAUUUGAAAGCAUGAAAAAAAAAAGCUAAAAUUAAAGUUGAUUAAUUAAUUUUAUUCGGGACUACGGAAGAACAUUGCAUUUAAAAAAAAAAAAAAUCCUCAUAAUUAUGAGAAAAUAUAAAGUUUUUCACAAGAAGAUUUAACAGAAAUGCCCAUAAAAACUACAACAUCUCAUAAUUACGGAUCUUUUCUGCUGUUUUCUGUUGAAUUUUCUUGUGAAACAUUUAAAAACGUUUAAAAAAAUUCACAGAAAACUGCGGAAAUGAUCAUAACAUAACUAUGAGAUUCUGUUAUUAUGAGCAUUUUCUCAUAACUAUGGGAUGCCAGGUGAUAAUUUUGAGUUCACCGUUAGUUAAACAAAUCAAGUCAUUUUAUUUUGUAAUUAAUUGAAAUGUUAAAUCAGAAAAGCAUAUAUACCAUUACAUUUAUAUCUUAAAAUUCAAAUCAAUGUGAUUGAAGUUUGACAGCAGCUGGAAUAUUUUAAUAAAAUUAAAAUCAGUCCAACCCUACAAUACACAAUACUUCUCUUGAUGAAAGAAGAAAAUGUGUUUGACAGUCGGUUCUGUCGUCUGUACGUUUGGUUGUUCUUAAAGAACAGAAAACACUACGUAGAGAAGCACAACAUGAACUCCGUGUUGUUCUCUUCGCUCUCUGGAUGUUCAGAGAAAAAGACAAAACGGUAAAAAAUGAACGAAAAGAGAGUGAGAUAAUAUCACUCCCCGACGAAUUCCUUGACGUGUUUAGUUUUAAUUGUUUUCACCAGACAUUUAUCACGACUGUAUCUAAUUUUAAAAAAGCAACACGACUGAGGAAGUGAAAUAUUUCUAAAAUAUUGGUUUGAUAUGUCCAAUAAAAUCCAUCCAAUA